AUGCACUUGGAUAAUCUUUUCAAUCAUCCUUCUGCUGCUGAUUCUGGUAAUUUGGGUUUUAUUGCUUAUACUUUUGAUGAUGAUGGUAAUCAUAAAUUUCAUUAUUUUGAGUAUAAUGAUGAGAAUUCAACAUCACCACCCAUUCUGAGAAUUAGAAGGAUGAAUUUAACCUCUCCAAUUAGGGAUUAUUUUAGAUUUGUUGGUUCAUGUAAUGGGCUCAUCUGUUUAGCUAGAGGUCAAUCUGUUUGUAUAAGUAAUCCUAUAACUAAAGAAGUUGUUAUGCUUCCAGAAAUUGUUGUUAUGAGUAAGUGUGAUUGUUGUAUUCUGUACUGUAGAUGUUGGAAGACCGGAUUUGGUUAUGUUUCUUCAACAAAUGAGUAUAAAAUUGUAGUAAUAUGUACGCGUGAAACCGAGUUUGUAGAAGUUUACAUGUACACUCUAGGCAGUGGAAAUGGUUGGAGAAAACUUGGAAAGUUCGAUUUUGAAUCUAGCAAAAAUGGUUGCAAGGUAUCUUUGUUAAUGGGGUUCUUUAUUGGCUGGACAGAAAAUUGA